AUGGCGUCAAGCGUAUAUUGCAAGGUGAUUUAUCUAUUGAUUGCAUUGUUCUGCAAAUUGUCCGAAAUUGAAUCGAGUCAAUGCAGUGAAUAUGGCAAAACGUGCGACCCUCAUAACCAGCGGCGAUGUUGUAGCCCAACUUUGGAGUGCAUGAUCUCAAAUCUGGAUAUGAAAUUUGUCUGUAUGGAAACAGGACAAUUAUAUUCGCGAUGUUCCAAAAAUGACGAUUGUAGCUCGAUUAAUAAUUUGAUUUGUUCGAAAGAGAACAUAUGUGCUUGUCAACAAAACUAUGUCGAAUUUAAUCAUCAUAUAUGUAGGCCGUUGCUUGGAGGCCGUUGUGCCAAUAAUGAGUCAUGUGUGCCGAGAAACUCCAAUUGCAUUGACAAUAAGUGCGAAUGUAAUCAUAAUUACUUUUCGUUUACGGAUAAUUAUUGUUUGCCAGUAAUUUUAGGAAUGCCGUGUAGCGACGAUACAUUUUGUCAACAAGUAAGAUUCGCACAAUGUUCAGAUAACAAAGUCUGUGAAUGUAAUUCAAACGCUGGUGAAUUAAAUCCAGCAAAAUGUGGAUCGUUACUAAACGGAUUUUGUUUAUCCGAUAACGAUUGCUAUCACCUAAACUCAAUCUGUGUCAAUAAAAGGUGUCAAUGCAAGCCAAAACACGUAUCUUCAAAGUUAUCAACCGGUGCUUGUCUACCGGGGUAUUUAAACAUGACUUGCUCAGCAAAAGAUGUUCCAUGCGAUCUCUUUAUAGAGCACACUAAGUGCUCAUUCGAUGGAAAAUGCGUUUGUCAAAACAGAUAUCUUCCGAUAAAUGAUACUAGUUGUGGGCUGAUAUUCGGAGCUGAAUGUUUUUCUGAAGAAAGUUGUGCAACUGUCAAUGCAGCUUGCAUUGACAAUAAGUGUCAAUGCAAACUCAAUUAUGUUUACCGCUACGACAAGUGUUUGCCGGCGUUAUUAAAUGAAUCGUGUGAAUUCGACCAUGACUGUAUUGAAAUAAGACACUCAAUUUGUUUAAAGCAACAGUGUAUUUGCGAAGACAGCUAUAAACAAAUUGAUAAAAAUACGUGUAAUAAAAGGAAUACAGGUAAUUUUAAACUGGAGCAAUCGUGUUCUGGGAACGAAGAAUGCCAAGGAAUACCUUAUGCGCACUGCAUUGAUAAUAGCUGUCAAUGCAAGCCUCAACACGCUAAACUGAAUGAAACUGCAUGUGCGCCGGUACUGGGUGCCUUUUGUUGGAGUGAUAGUCCAUGUGCAGAUGUCAAUGCAGUCUGCAUUGAACAUCGGUGUCAAUGCCGCGCUGGAUUUCUGGCUCAGUCUCACGAUAAGUGCAUUAAAAGUUUUUUGGGAAGUUCCUGCGAAAGAUUCGGCGAUUGCGACGUACUUCACUCCAAAUGCUCUAAUAAAGCGUGUGAGUGUAUAUCAAGUUAUAUUCCGCUAAACAAAACCACCUGUGCGCCUCUCUUGGGUGGAUUUUGUUGGAAAUCUGAAAAAUGCCUACCAGAUAAUUCCGUUUGUGUCGAUAAUGAGUGUCAAUGCAAUAAAGACUACUCCCGACAAUCUAACGAGCGCUGUUUGCCGACCUCUUUGGGCCAGUUCUGCAGAGUCAAUGCAGACUGCAUUGCAAUUAAGUACUCGGUUUGUUCCGAAAAUACCUGCGUUUGUAAACCGAAUACUGUUCCGGCCGAAGGUAACAGAUGCAAAUCUCUCCUUGGUGGAGUUUGUGGCGACGAGAAAGAUUGUUUUACUCGUAAUGGACUCUGCAUUGGCCAUAGGUGUCAAUGUCAUAAUAAUAUUCUUCCCCAAUCAAAUUUUAAAUGUCCAGUCAGAUUUGUUAACACGACGUAUGCGAAAAUGGGAAGUGAUGAUCCAGUCAGGUGUUCUAACGACGGAACUUGCACCUGUGGACCGAAGCACGCCGCAUUAAAUGACACAAUUUGUGCUCCUGGUUUGGGAGAAGCCUGCAACUACUUGUGUCUUACGGACAAUGCAGCCUGCAUUGAUAAUAAGUGUCAAUGCAAGCUAAAUUACGCUCCGCAGGCGGGAAAAUUUUGCAAACCAACACAAUUGCACUUAGCUUGUGCGUUCGACGUCGACUGUAAUGACGUCGAGCAUGCAAAAUGUUCGAACGGCGAGUGUCUGUGCAGGGAAAAAUAUGCGGAGCUCGAUGUAAAGACAUGUCGGCCUCUGUUAGGAGGAUCUUGUAGGUCAGACAGUGACUGCCUCACUGACAAUGCGAGCUGCAUUGACAAUCGGUGUCAAUGCAGCGAAUAUUUCACCACUGCAAAUGAUUCAUGCCUUCCAAUUGAUAAAUUUUGUAAUAUCAAUGCCGACUGCUCGGAUAUAGACAAUACGGAGUGUUCUGACAAUGUAUGCAAAUGCAAACCGAAUUUCCGGAGGCUCAACAGUAUCGUCUGCGAACCACUUUUGGGAGGGGCUUGCAAAAGCGAUGCACAGUGCCGGAUACCGAAUUCUGCUUGUCUGAUGACCAAGUGUCAAUGCACUAGAUAUUAUGUUGCAAACUCAAACAAUCGAUGCGCAUUGUUAACCCUAGGACAGCCUUGCAUUGAUAACAAUAACUGUAAUACGAUACCGUACGCCGUUUGCUCUAAUAACAUUUGCACCUGCAAACAAAACUUCAUGGCAAUUGACGAGGACACAUGCUUGCCCGUAAUUGGCGGACAUUGUCUCGAAGACAUACAAUGCCGUUAUAACACAACCGAGUGCAUUAAUGACAAGUGUCAAUGCAAGAAAUCUUUUAAUGCUAAUCUUCGAUAUCUUCCUGCAGUAACGUCACGGAAUGCGGCGACCGUUGGCAUUAUCAAUGCAGCGAUGGCAAGUGUAUCUGCGCAGAUAAAAAUAUCUUUGUCGACACCUGGACCUGUUCUCCGAUCAUCGGCGGAGCUUGUUGGGCGGAUCAUCAAUGCGUCAUUCAGAAUUCAAAACUCAUCAUUUUCUUGCGAAAAUGAUUACGACUGUGGCGAGCCAUGGCACUCGGAAUGCUUAAAUUCCAAAAAGUGCUUCUGUAAAUUGAACAGUUACGCGACGAACAUGUCAACAUGUCGACCACUAUUGGGCGGAUAUUGUUUGAAGGAUGAUCGAUGUCUCCCGGCGAACUCUGAGUGUAGUAAUUUCCAGUGCAAAUGCAAGAACAGAUUUGUUGCAGCAGCUAAUAACCUAUGUGUGCCUGUAAGAGGUUCAUAA